AUGCUACUGUUUAUCAAAGACAAACUUCUCGGCCUGGGUCUCACGGCGGCAAUUGGGGCGCCCAUUCUGUGUGCUGUGAACUGGCUUAUUAAGUGGGGAGGGGCUAACUUCCACCUCUGGCUGUGGGGCUUUACAGUGUUGAUGACAUUCGGAAUGAUAGUCAUCUAUCCGAACCUGAUUGCUCCCCUGUUCAACAAGUUCCAAGUGCUAAGGGACAGAGAACUCAGGAACAAAAUUAACGCCUUGGCUGAGCAGCUGAAGUUCCCUCUGUGCGAGGUGUACGAGAUGGAUGGCUCGAAGCGUUCGAGCCAUAGCAACGCAUACUUCUACGGUUUUUGGCGGUGGAAGCGAAUUGUCAUCUUUGACACUUUGCUUCACCUGCCGCACGAUCAGAUCUUAGCUGUUUUGGGCGUACUUGGCUCCACACUGUGGAUGAAAUACUACGGAGAUUAG